AGCGCUGCGGAGCAUCCCCCGCCCGGCGCCGCCCUCCCUCCCGCAUCCUGCAUCCCCGGGUACCACUCGGCAUCCCCGGGCAGCAUCCUGCAUCCUUGGGCAGCAUCCUGCAUCCCCGGGUACCACUCGGCAUCCCUGGCCAACAGCCUGUAUCCCUGGGCAGCAUCCUGCAUCCCUGGGCAGCAUCCUGCAUCCCUGGGCAGCAUCCUGCAUCCCUGGGUACCACUCGGCAUCCCUGGGCAACAGCUUGCAUCUCUGGGCAGCAUCCUGCAUCCCUGGGGACCACCCAGCAUCCCCGGGCAGCAUCCUGCAUCCCCGGGCAGCAUCCUGCAUCCCUGGGCAGCAUCCUGCAUCCCUGGGGACCACCCAGCAUCCCUGGGUACCACCCUGCAUCCCUGGGCAGCAUCCUGCAUCCCUGGGUACCACUUGACCCUUAGGUUAUAACCCGCAUCCUUGGGUACCACCCACAUCCCCGGGUGACAUCCCACACCCUUGGCUACCAGCAGCACCCCUGGGCCCCCCUUCCGGCCCCCCCAAACUCUCCUCGACGCCCCUCCCGGCCUCCCCCGCCAUGGCCGAGCCCAGCACCGAGUGCAGCAUCAAGGUCCUGUGCCGGUUCCGGCCCCUCAACCAGGCGGAGAUCCUGCGGGGGGACAAAUUCCUGCCCGUCUUCCAGGGCGACGACAGCGUGGUGGUGGGGGGCAAACCCUAUGUCUUCGACCGCGUCUUCCCCCCCAACACCACCCAGGAGCAGGUCUACCACGCCUGUGCCAUGCAGAUCGUCAAGGAUGUGCUGGCCGGGUAUAACGGCACCAUCUUUGCCUACGGACAGACAUCAUCAGGCAAGACACACACCAUGGAGGGCAAGCUGCAUGAUCCCCAGCAGAUGGGCAUCAUCCCACGCAUCGCCCAGGACAUCUUCAACCACAUCUACUCCAUGGACGAGAACCUUGAGUUCCACAUCAAGGUUUCUUACUUUGAAAUUUAUCUGGACAAGAUCCGGGACCUGCUGGACAUGACCAAGACCAACCUAUCGGUGCACGAGGACAAGAACCGGGUUCCCUACGUCAAGGGCUGCACCGAGCGCUUUGUCUCCAGCCCCGAGGAGAUCCUGGAUGUGAUCGAUGAGGGAAAAUCCAACCGACAUGUGGCUGUCACCAACAUGAACGAGCACAGCUCCCGCAGCCACAGCAUCUUCCUCAUCAACAUCAAGCAGGAAAACGUGGAGACAGAGCAGAAGCUCAGUGGGAAGCUCUACCUGGUUGACCUGGCUGGGAGUGAGAAGGUCAGCAAGACGGGGGCUGAGGGGGCCGUGCUGGACGAGGCCAAGAACAUCAACAAGUCUCUGUCGGCGCUGGGCAACGUCAUCUCGGCCCUGGCCGAGGGCACGAAAGCCUACGUGCCCUACCGGGACAGCAAGAUGACGCGGAUCCUGCAGGACUCGUUGGGGGGGAACUGCCGCACCACCAUGUUCAUCUGCUGCUCCCCCUCCAGCUACAACGAUGCCGAGACCAAGUCCACCCUCAUGUUCGGGCAGAGGGCCAAGACCAUCAAGAACACGGCAUCAGUGAACCUGGAGCUGACGGCCGAGCAGUGGAAGAAGAAGUACGAGAAGGAGAAGGAGAAGAACAAGGCGCUGAAGGAGACCAUCGGGAAGCUGGAGGCUGAGCUGAGCCGCUGGCGGAGUGGGGAGGCUGUGCCCGAGACGGAGCAGCUGAGCGGGGCCGAGGCGGAGGCCAGGACAGGCGAGGGGACAGGGAUGGGACCCACCAGUGAGACCCCCCUCAAUGACAACAGCUCCUCCAUUGUCAUCCACAUCUCCGACGAGGAACGCCGCAAGUAUGAGGAGGAGAUCCGCAAGCUCUACAAGCAGCUGGAUGACAAGGACGAUGAGAUCAACCAGCAGAGCCAAAUCAUGGAGAAGCUCAAGCAACAGAUGCUGGACCAGGAGGAGGUGCUGGCAGCAGCGCGGGGGGGCGGGGAGGCGGCGCGGCGGGAGCUGGCGGCACUGCGGGCCGAGCACGGGGCAGCCCGUGCCGAGGUGGCCGAAGUGCUGGCGGCGCUGGAGGAGCUGGCACGCAGCUACGACCGCAAGGCACAGGAGGCCGAGGACACCGGCCGCCACAACCGCCGGCUGGCCGACGAGCUGGCCCGCACCGAGGCGACAACGCUGUCGCUGGAGACGGAGCUGCAGCGGGUGCGGGAGCUGGGGGGGCAGCAGCGCAAGCGGGCAGCCGAGGUGCUCAACGGGCUCAUGAAGGACCUGAGCGAGUUCAGCCUCAUCGUGGGCAACGGCGAGAUCAAGCUGCCUGUGGAGGUGAGCGGAGCCAUCGAGGAGGAGUUCACUGUCGCCCGGCUCUACAUCAGCAAGAUCAAGUCGGAGGUGAAGUCGGUGGUGAAGCGGUGCCGUCAGCUGGAGAACCUGCAGGUGGAGUGUCACCGCAAGAUGGAGGUGACCGGGCGAGAGCUCUCCUCCUGCCAGCUCCUCAUCUCCCAGCACGAGGCGAAGAUCCGCUCGCUGACGGAGUACAUGCAGACGGUGGAGCUGAAGAAACGGCACCUGGAGGAGUCAUACGAUGCCCUGAGCGAGGAGCUGGCCCGGCUGCAGGCCCAAGAGACGGCACAGGGGGUGGCCCGGAAGGAGCGGGAGCAGGAUGAGACCCAGGAGACGGAUGAGGUCAAGAAGGCGCUGGAGCUGCAGCUGGAGAGCCAGCGGGAAGCCCAGCACAAGCAGCUGGCGCGGCUGCGGGACGAGGUCAACGAGAGGCAGAAAACCAUCGACGAGCUGCGGGACCUGAACCAGAAGCUGGAGCUGGAGCUGGAGAAGCUGCGGGCAGAGCACGAGGCGCUGCGGGGCGAGGAGCGGGCCAAGGCUGCCCGGCUGCAGGAGCUCACAUUUCUCUACGAGCGCCACGAGCAGUCCAAGCAGGACCUCAAGGGGCUGGAGGAGACGGUGGCCCGUGAACUCCAGACCCUCCACAACCUGCGCAAGCUGUUUGUUCAAGACGUCACAACUCGAGUCAAGAAAAGCGCAGAGCUGGAGCCUGAGGACAGUGGGGGGCUGCACUCCCAGAAGCAGAAGAUUUCCUUUCUUGAGAACAACCUGGAGCAACUUACAAAGGUUCACAAACAGCUGGUCCGUGACAAUGCAGACCUGCGCUGCGAGCUUCCGAAGCUGGAGAAGCGCCUGCGCGCUACGGCUGGGCGCGUGCAGGCCCUGGAGGGCGCGCUGAGGGACGCCAAGGAGGGCGCGCGCCUGGACAAGCGGCGGUACCAGCAGGAGGUGGAGCGGAUCCGCGAGGCCGUGCGGGCCCGGGGCGCGGCCCGGCGCGCGCACAGCGCCCACAUCGCCAAGCCAGUGCGGCCUGGGCAGGUGCCAGCGGCGUCACCCACCGGCCUCAGCUACACCAACAGCCUCUUCCAGGGUUACCCCGGAGGGGGGGCCCUGCCUGGCCCCCAGGGCCUCUUUGCCAGCGGCCCAACCACGCUCUCCAGCAGCACCCCCCCGGACACCUACCAGCAGCUCAACGUGGAUAAUGGGAACGUGACAGACAUCAAUGAUAACAGGAGCGACCUGUCCUGCGCCUGCGAGGCCGAGGAGCAAUCCAAGCUCUUCCCUCUGCGCCAGGAGACGGCGGCCAGCUAAUGCCCCCCCCCCAGGUCCCGCUGGACCCAUCUCCGCUCGCAUGUCCCGGUGUCACCUCCGUGUCCUGUGUGCUCGCCGCCACGCUCGCCCUGUCCUGCCCCAUGGCGAGGGGGGGGGGCCCCGUCCUGGGGGGGUGGGGGGGCUGCCUGCCCCCCCCCCGGCCCUCCCCCCAGACCCCACCCUCCUGGGGGGGCCCUGGCCGGGGCUGGGGGUGCUGCCCAGGGUCCGCUUCGAGAUGCCUUAAGCCGAUACCUGGAGGAAUUCUGCCCCCCCCGUCCCUGUCCCCAGCCCCCCAAGUGGGGGUCAGCCCCAUAAAUGGGGGUCAGCCCCCCCCCUCUUUGCACUCCCCUCCCCCCCCCCCGGGUCCCCUUGCUUGGUACCUCGGCUGUGGCCCCCACCUCCCCAUACCCGGGACCCACUGUGCCACCCCACCCCUUCACCUGGGGGGGGUCCCUCAGGGCUCAGCCCCCCCCAUAACCCCCCCCGCCCCCCUGCAGCGCUGCAUGUCCCGCCCCAGCACCACUGGGAGCGGCUCAAUAAAGGCCAGAGAUGCUGA